UUAAAUCGGUUUAAAUUCGAAAAAAACGGAGGUUCGUUCUCCUUGUAUAUUACCCAACCUUACCGAACUAUGUCUCUCUCUUCAACUUAUCAGCUCUCUCUCUCUCUCUCUACAUGUCAUUUCCAGUUUCUUCCAUCCUCGAAUAUCCUUAUUAACGGUCUUCUGGAAUCCAUAAAGCAGCAUACCAAGAUUAUUAUUUAUCGGUUAAUUUCUUCAAAACCCUAAACUUUAAGAUAUUGAAGUGUAUAAAGAUGCCUAAAGAUAGACGCGACCGAGCUGUAUCUAUCGAUAGAUCUUGGACUUCACCUUAUUUAUGCAACACUAGUCACUUUAAACGAUCAUUAACGAAAAGCCGGUUAGAAAAUGAAAAUGCUAAAGAAUGGGAAGAAGCUCGAUGCCCCGUUUGUAUGGAACACCCGCACAAUGCCAUUUUGUUACUAUGUUCGUCGCACAAAAAUGGCUGUCGCCCGUUUAUGUGCGACACUAGUUACCGCCACUCUAACUGUUUUGACCAGUUUCAAAAGGCGUCGUCUGAAACCCAACAGUUGGUGAGUCAGCAAGAAGGCGGUACAAACGGGUCCACACCUGUGUUGAAACUGGUUUGCCCGUUAUGUCGUGGGGAGGUUAACGGGUGGGUUGUGGUGGAAUCUGCUCGUUUGUUUAUGAAUUCAAAAACCCGGAGCUGUGCUAGUGAGGCUUGUGACUUUUCAGGGACGUAUGCAGACUUGAGAAAGCAUGCUCGGUUGGUGCACCCGCUGGUUAGACCAUCGGAAGCCGACCCGGACCGUCAACGGGACUGGCGGCGGUUAGAACGGCAGAGGGAUAUCGGGGAUCUUUUAAGUAGUCUUCAGUCAUCUAUAAGAGAUGAAAGGGUUGAAGAUAUUAGUAAUAAUAGCGCGAGUGCUAGUGCUUUAUCGUUUGAUGAAGGUGGUUGGAUGACUGUUUCUUUCUUGAUUCGGGUUUUCAGACCCAGAAGUAGUUCAAGUAGCAGUAGCUGGUCUGGAACGUCUCGGGCCAGAGCCCAUGUGACCGUUAGAAGGAGACCCAGUGCACGGCUUUGGGGUGAGACGCAUGACGACGAAUCCAGAGAUGAUGAUAACGAUUCCUCGGAUGGUGGUUCGGGCCCGCCUGGUCUGCUGCAAAAUGUUGAAUCAUUGUUGUGAGAAUAAUCACUGCAACUUGCUCUUUUUACUGUGAAUAUUGAUUUUGUUUCGAGAUUUUUAUCCAUUACUUGUAUUUGUCAAUUCUUCAUCUUGUUAUAAUCCCUUAAAAGAAAAAAAAACAAGGCCCAAGAAACUUUAGAUUGC